AUGAUAAAACAAUUUAAGGUAGCUUUGAUAGGGGAUUCCAGGAGUGGAAAAUCAUCCCUAGUUCGAUGUCUGAAGGGAGAGGAAUUUCUUUUUGAAACAUAAGCAACCAUAGGAAUUGAUUAUUACCAAAGAAUUGUUGGCGUCAAAAAUGUCAACUACAUAUUUAAACUCUAUGAUACUAGUGGUUGCGAAGCCUAUAGACAAAUUUUGAAUAGAAUUAUGAGCCAAAUCGAUGCAGUGAUCAUUUGUUUCGAUGCUUCCUAAGAUAAAUACUAAGAACAAAUAGAAAGUUGGUGUCACUUGAUAGAAAAUGAGUUAAGAACCAUCCCAACAUUUAUUGUGGGAAAUAAAAUGGACUUACUGGAUCUGAGCAUAAGUUCAGAUAUAACUUCUAAAAGUCCAGUGUAUUUUGUUUCUGCAAAGACAGGAGAGAACGUUUAGAAAUGUUUUAACAAAAUAUUCAUGUCAUUGACUCCUUCGAAGCAUCCCAUGAUUUAAAAAAAGGUAAAGGAUAGAAGGAGUAUGUGGGGAUUGCUUGGUUUUUGUUGCAACGGAGAAUGA